AUGGUUUCCAAGACUCUACUUUUGGCGUACGCGGCGGCAUUCGCCUCGGCAGGCCCCGUCCAGCGCAGAGUCGUUGACAAGCUCAACGAGGAGGCCUUCACCGAAGCCCAGCAGCGCGACACCACCGCCAACCGCUUCUUCUCCAACGUUCAGAUCAAGACGGCGGACGGAAAGUGUCUCUUUGUCGACCAGCUCUCCGGCGACUUCCGGGCGAACUUGACGCCUAUCCAGGUCGCCCAGUGCGGUACCAAGGACGGUGAGGGCUGGGAUGCCAUCACCUCCGGGAAGCACAAUGACGAGGCCAACUCGACGCUCAUCGUGAGCACUCUGACCCAAGCUUGCUUCAACUUCGAUCCCCGUCGCCAGGCCGGAAACCAGGUUCUGCUGUUCUCCUGCGGCGGACGCGCGGACGGCGAGGGCAAGGUGACGAACUCGCAGCUCUUCGAGUUCAACGGCGGCGCCGGACCGUUGGCUCUCAAGCCCGGAAAUGCUCAGGGCAAAUGUUUGACCGUCAAGGGCGAGGUCGUCGACGUCGCUGAUUGCAAUGCAAACGACAAGAACCAGGCCUUUACCUUCGGAGGAAAGGCCGCAGCUGGGGGUAACGCUGGCAAUGGCGGAAACGCCGGAGGAGACAAGGGCGACGAGCAGCCCGCCAAGACUACGGCAGCGCCCGUCGCGACCGAGGCGCCUGCUUCUCCAGGUGGGUGUGGCGGCGAGGACGCAACCGUCGUCGUGACAAUGACGGUCACCGCUAACCCUGGCCAAGGAAACAACGGCGAGGCCCCCGUCGCGACCGCAAAGCCCGAGAAGACUUCCCCUGCCGCCGCAGCUCCCCCGGCUGCUUCGACCACCGCAGCUGCCGGCAACGGCAACGGUAAUGGGGCUCAGAACGGCAACAUUCCCGCCGCGAACCCUACGGAGCCGGUCCCGGUGUCCCGCGCUGGCGGCACCCUCAACCCGAGCGCCGCGGCCGAGGCCAACGAAUUCGACAACACCGCCACCCGCGCCUUCACCAAGGCCUUCAUCCGCGCCCCUAACGGGAAGUGUCUCUCAAUCGACCCCACUGCGGGCGACUUUCGCCAGAACCUGAUCCCCGUUGCGCUGGUAGAGUGCAACGGUUCCGCCAACGAGCAGUUCGACAUCAUCACCAAGGGAAAGCACAACGACGGCAAGGACGGUGCGGCGCUGGUCGUGAGCAGCUUGACGAACGGCUGCGUCAGCACCGAUGGACGCCGGGCGGACGGCGAUACCGUUACCAUCUUCUCCUGCGGCGGCCGUGCUGCGGGAGAGGGUCUGACGAACACCGGCCAGCUGGUCAAGAUCACGGGCAACAGCUUCGUCUGGACGCCCGUCAAUGACAAGGCGACUUGCGUUGUGCCCGGAAGCAACGGACGACUCGUCACAGCGCCCUGCAAGGGGGACAACAGCGAGACCUACACGAUUGUCGCUGGCAACGGCGUUUGA